AUGGCAGCACCAUCUAGAACACGUCUUCUACUCAUCCUCGCUCUCCCUCCUGUGGCAAUCGGAUACGGCAUCCACAGAGGCCUUAGCGCGCUCGAGGCGCAGUAUCCCCCUCUCCCACCUGAACCAACAACUAGCAUCGCUCUUCGCACUCCACGGGAUCCCUCAACUCAGUUUUGUGCAUAUACCGAUGUCUACACGGCUCGCGUACCGGUCAAAGCACUGCUGUCCCGAGCGCAUAGGAUAGACAACGUCCCUGAUAAGCGCAAAAGUACAAACUUCGAAAUCACUAGUGCAUGGGCUCGGGCGUUCAUAAGCAACAAAAUUCUCCGCGCAGAAGGGAGUCUCGUUGGCCUCCUGGCUAAAGGAAAGUUUUCUCCAGGGGACACCGGCGAUACCCCUGCGGGAUUUUCAUCGCCUGAUGCGUCGGGGGAACCCCGUUCGCUCCUGAAUGGUGUGCUGGUUGUGGAGCGGCCACCGUCGGAGGAUGACAGGGAUGGGCUACUGGUUUCCUGGCGUAUGUCGGAUGAACCCCGUCGGUUCUUUGAGAACAUUGCUCGCUGGGGAUAUCCCUGGCGGUUGAUGUCGGGGGGUCGCCAUGAGUUGAGUGUUUCGGAGCCAUUUGAUGGGGUGAAAGACGAUGAGAGCCAGGGGCCCUUUGUAGAGGUGCGGUUUGCUUCCGCUCAUGACUACGAGAUUGUACCUGAGGAAGGAGAUCUGCAGCAUCAGAAGACUAUUCCCGGGUGGACGGGGAGACUUCAUCGGGGCUAUGCUCGGCUUUUGCUUGAUUGCGCUGUGCGGGAGCUGAAGAGAGAUUAUGAGAAGACUGAAAGCAGAUUGUAG